AUGAUUGAGAUAACAGCAAAAUUAAUUAGAGGACCUGUAUAUUUUUCUGGAGAAGUUAUAGAAUGUUUAGUGACAUUUAGUAAUCCACCAAAUCCAAUUCAUCAGAUUUCUCAAAGUCAUAGUGAUAUUUUUGAAAGCCUUGCAUGGGCUAGUGCGCAAGUGCAUUGUCAAUGUUCUGCAAAUAAUAAAAUUGUAUUCUCAGAAAAAUUAAAUACAACAGCUCGCUUAGCGGCUAUUAAUGCAAAUACAACAUUUGCACCAUGGCAACAGGAUAGUGGCCAUGUUGUAUUAAAUACGAAACCCAAAAUUUUGUUUUGUGAUUUAAGAUUGUCUCCUGGUGAAAGUAAAACAUAUAUUUAUAAAGAAACAAUUCCAAGUGAUGCACCUCCAUCUUAUAGAGGGCAUGCAGUAAAGUAUUCAUAUAAAAUCACAAUUGGGACACAACGAGUAAACAUGGCUAUAAAAUUGCUUAGAGUUCCAUUUAGAGUACUUUCUUUAAGUGAAUUACCAGAAGUAGCUGCUUGCAAUGAUAGUGUUGAUUUAAGUCCAAAUAAUCCAUUUAUGGAAACACAACACAGAGAAACUCCAUUAGAUGUUGCACUACAAACUCUUCAAAAUUUAACAACUAGACGUAGCCCAAACUUUUAUAAUAUUACUAAUGGACGUGGACGCGUUGUAAGGUUUUGCCUUUUUAAAAAUUCCUACAAACUUGGAGAGGAUAUAGUUGGAACAUUUGAUUUCUCAAAUGCUACUGUUUCGUGUGCGCAAGUAUCGGUUGCGUUACAAUCAGAAGAACAUGUUUCAGAGGAAUACAGACGAGGAAAGGUCUCAACACCCACUUUCGCCAGUUAUAAUAAACAUCACGAAAUGUGUAUGGGUUUAAAGUACUCUCAUUUAGUUUUACCUAUACCAUUACAUGUAACUCCAGAUUUUACUACUGAUUUAAUGAUGUUAAAAUGGAGAUUACAUUUUGAAUUUGUUACAACAUCCAAACUAGUAGAAAUGCCAAAUGAUAAUACCACCAACUGGCAGGGACCAUUAACAUUAGAUGUUGAAACAAUGAUUUGGGAUUUACCUGUUCAUAUUCAUCCGACAACUAUGCCACCUAAUACCACGCAACAAACAAAAUACAGUAUAGUGAUAUAGUAAAGUGAGAAAUAUUGUUAUGUUGAAAAUUCUCAGCAUUAUUAUU